AUGACGGAAUUCCAAUGUUCUCACAAACAAGGAUUAUGCAGAAUAAUAAAUGAGAACGAUGAGAAAAAAGGAAGCGAUGUUCAGCAUGGUUAUAUGAUGGUAACAUUAUUAAAAAGAAGAAGAAAGAGAGAAGGAGAAGAAAGGAAAACGAAAAGGAAGGAGAAGAAAGAAGAAGAAGGAAGAAGAAAAGGAAAGAAGAAGAAAGAAGAAGAAAGAAGAAGAAAAAGAAAAACGAAGGAAAAGAAGGAGGAAGGAAGAAUGAGGAAGAAUGCUGAAGGAAGAAUGAGAAGGAGAAAGAAGAAGAAAGAAGGAGAUGGAGAAAAUAAUGGAAGAGAAAGAAGGAAGAAGAAAGAAGAAGAUGAAGAAGAAAAGUUCAUUGGGUUAAGAAAGAAGAAGAGCAAGAAGAAGAAGUAUUGUUACUGUGAAGAGAAAUUCCGUAGUAUGGUAGUAGUCCAAAAAAUAGUCAUCAAAAAAUGUUUACGCAGAAUGUCAGGGAAUAUACAUAUAGUACUUUGCAGUAAAGUAUCACUCUCUUCCUCAAGUUUUUUUCAGAAUGUUAAUGAAGAGGAGAUUUUUCGAUGUAGCGCCAAAAACUGAGA